GUUGUGGGGAAGGAGGGGAGACGGUUGUAGGGCUCGUGCUGGUGCGGGAGCCUGGGCGGCCUGAGGGGCGCGGAGACUCGGGGGGAAGGGAAACGGCAGCAGCAUGGCGGCCGGACACGAGCCGCCCAACCCUCCUCUUCCCGGCUGUCGCCGCCGCCGCCGCCGGAGUCACUGGGACCCUUUAGUUUGCGUGUUUUAGUGUAAACCCGCUGUCUGCCCUUCAGUCCUUCGGUCUACCCGCCCUGCUUCCUCUCACCGCCACUGCCAGCUCGAGGGUCGGGCCGGCCGGGUAACCCCCACUCCCACCCCAACCCACCCACAAGCUCGCGGGCCGGGACCAUGGAGGACGUGAAGCUGGAGUUCCCCUCGCUCCCACAGUGCAAAGAAGACGCCGAGGAGUGGACCUACCCUAUGAGACGAGAGAUGCAGGAAAUUUUACCUGGACUGUUUUUAGGCCCAUAUUCUUCUGCUAUGAAAAGCAAGCUACCUAUACUACAGAAACAUGGAAUAACUCAUAUAAUGUGUAUAAGACAAAAUAUUGAAGCAAACUUUAUUAAACCCAACUUUCAACAAUUGUUUAGAUAUUUAGUCUUGGAUAUUGCAGAUAAUCCAGUUGAAAAUAUAAUACGUUUUUUCCCCAUGACUAAAGAGUUUAUUGAUGGGAGCUUACAAAGUGGAGGAAAAGUUCUUGUCCAUGGGAAUGCAGGGAUCUCCAGGAGUGCUGCCUUUGUUAUUGCAUACAUUAUGGAAACGUUUGGAAUGAAGUACAGAGAUGCAUUUGCCUACGUUCAAGAAAGAAGAUUUUGUAUUAAUCCUAAUGCUGGAUUUGUCCAUCAACUUCAGGAAUAUGAAGCCAUCUAUUUAGCAAAAUUAACAAUACAGAUGAUGUCGCCACUUCAGAUAGAAAGGUCGUUAUCUGUUCAUUCUGGUACCACAGGCAGUUUGAAGAGAACACAUGAAGAAGAAGAUGAUUUUGGAAACAUGCAAGUGGCGACUGCGCAGAAUGGCUGACUCAAGAGCUACGUUAUGGAGGAUGUGAAUUUCUAUUUGGGAAGGAGAAAAUACUAGAGACAGUAAUAAUGUAAAAUGGUAAAAACACAACUAGUUUCUUUUCAGUUAUAUGUUGCUUCCAGACGUGUUUCUCUGCAACUUGUUGAGCAACAUUUUAAGAGGUUGGACUUCUGCAACAGAUGGCACUGAUGGUUUUACUCCUUUUUUUUUUUUUUUUUUAAUUCUUUACAGUUUUAUUAUAAACCAAGGAUUUUGGACUUGCAAAGAGGUAUUAUUGCAAUAACGCACUUUUCAUACUUGAAAUUUAUUUGUAUGAUAUAAUGUUAUUACUUUAAACAAAAUGCAAGUUAGGGGGGAUUUGUUUAUAAAAUCUAGGUGAUUUAUAACAAAAGAAUUUCCUAACAUUUGCUAAAAAUUCAUUUUGUGUUCUACAUAUUUAAAAAUAAUUUUACAGUUCAGUUUUAUGAUGGAGCCUCUUACAGAAACAUUAACAAAGGCAGGGAUCUGCCACAUUUCUUUUUUAGUAUAAUUCAAUAGCUUAAUUACCUUUUAUUUUUUUAAACUUCUUGAUCCCUUAUUAAUAAUCUUUAAAUCAUGACAUUAGCCAACUAUCCUUACUUUAACAUGAUCCAAGUAUUGCUUCCUUUCCUAUUACCUUCCUAAUUUUAUUCUACAGAAAAAAAGUUUAAUGAACAAAGGAAGGUAUUUUGCUUUAUAAUACCAGAUGCUCAAAAACAAGGAGUUUUAAACUUUCAAGUGACUUUCCUUUAACAUUCUUAAAAGCCAAAUGUUGUGUUUGUUCAUUUCAGAGUUAUGUAGACUGUUUUUUCUUUGUCCAAAAUGGUUCUAAAUAGUAAAUAUAAUAAACCAAUGUAGCACUAUUUUUUUCUAAACAAAGCCCAAAAAAGAAAAGUGCCUUGCCUCAUUAGAAAAAAUUUUAAAAAAUAAAUAAAUCCUCAUGACCUCUAAAUUAGUAUGUAGAACAGUGGUAAGUUUUGAACAUCUUCCUGCAAUUUCUGUUUUUUUGUUUUUUUUUUUAUAACAUAAAUUAGCUCAAACUGAAAGUCUUUAAGGCUUGAAGAAACCUUAGUAAAACUAUUUGGAAUAUGGAACAUUUACUCCAUUUUAUACUGUCUUAAUGAUUCUGUCAGUUUGUUCUGACUUAGAUGCUUUUCUUUGAGGAUGCAGUUAUUGGAGAAAGUGAUUAUGGAAGAGUUUGGUGUAUUAAAAAUUAGUAUUGUAAUCAAUACAAUGUAAUCUUUACACUGAGUUAAUCCAAAUUUCCCCCCAUAAUUUGCAUUAGAGUCACUUUAUGGAUCCUAGGUUCUCCAUGUUUUUAUUUAUACAUAUAAAAACUGUUCUAAGAACUUUUGCUAUUUUAAGAAUGAUGUUGGGGAGGAGAGGAGUGUUUUGAACUUUUUAUAGUUGAUGACUUAGGGUAGCACAAACAAAACUUCUUUGUAUCUUACUUUUCUCAGUCCUCUCUGGAGGUGCUCUACUGAUGGGAAUGUUUUCCAUACAUUCCCUUAGUACCAAUAGGUACUAUGCAAGGUAACCUAUUACACCAAGUUACCUACUUUGCUUUCCUCCCUUAGAUGUAAUAAUACAGUGUAAGCUUUUUUAAUCCAGCAAAGCAGGAGAGUGGAAGUGAAUCAAAAUUGCUUUAUUGUUAAUUCCUGUUGACCCAGGUGGUAUUCCUUUUCUGAUUUCCCUUCCCUUCUACUGUUUUACCACCCUGACAACAGCAUAUUGUUAAUCCCACGUGGUCUCGUAUUCUGUUGUGUGAUUAGGUCGUUGGGUGUGGUGGUCUAGUAUAGUCAAGAUUUGCAUUGAGUGCUCUGAAAUUCCAGUUGGUAAAGUGCCAGAUAACACAGCUUUCCUGUAUAUAGAUCACUAUUGGGUAGAUCAGCAAAGUCUCUUUUGCAGUCUCUUAAGCUUUGAUGCUUCAUUCAGCAAAAAUUGCUUAAAAGGAUCUUCAUACUAGUACAUUUAGGUCUUAAAAAUGAGGCAGUUAAGAUUUUUUUUAAAUUAAUUUCUUAAAUACACAUAUCCUCUCCAGUAGUCUGGCCAUGAAUACAAGUUUGGUUAUUUAUUUAUUUAUAGCUGGUAAUUUUCCGCUUUUUCUAACCACUAUAACUUUUAUGUUGUCACUGAAGUGCCUGCCCAGCACUGUAUAGUAAAGACUGUCUCUCACAAACACUAGAAAAAGGGAUUGUCAUCUUCUUGAGUACUAAUUAGUAUGGACAAAAUGUUUAUUCUUUUUUCAUAUAAGAACACUGCAAGUUUGUUUUAUCUUGGGUCCAUUCUUCUACCUAAUGUUGAGCUAGUUCUUCUGGUAGCUCUUCCUAUUCUUCUUUUGGGCUCUAUUUCCAUAAUUCCUUUAUUUCCACUGUUGUUUUGUGAUAGUUAACCAAUCAUGAUUUGUUUUCUAGAAUAUUCAAAUAAUGUAUGUGUGAUGUAGCACCCAAUUUUAAACAUAAAAUAUUAAUCUGGGCACAGAAUUUAAAAUGGCAUCACAUCAAAAUACAGAAAAACUAUUGUCCAUUUUGAAUGAAACAUAAAUAUUGAAAAUAUUCAGAUUGGAAUGGCAAUAUUUUAACUCUCUAAUUUUAUUUCAUUGGUUUGUGUUAAUUUCUUAUAAAUAUUUAAACAGCACUUAUUUGUAUCUAUGUUGGAAAGGUUAAACCGUGAUAGCUUUUGCUACCAACUCUCAACCACUUAACUUUCUGAGUAGAAUAUUUGUUUUGGGAGGAUUUUGUGCUUCAUCUGAGUUUAGAAGUAAUGUCAUAAAAUGUUAAGCAUGUCCUUUUAAAGAAAAUAUAAGGUUUCUAAUUGUCUUAUUACCAUGGUAAUUCAAGUGACCUAGAAGUAUUUAACUGCAAUCUUGAAUUAUAAAGUUGGGAUGCAAAUAUAGAGAUAUGUAUCAAAAUCUCAACUUGAUGUAAAGUAAAUGAGCAGUUACCUGGCGGACUUUUUUUUCCAAAUAACUGUUUAACCAUAAUUUCAUAACAAACUUAGCUUCAUUUCAAUAUUUAUUUUGUCCAUUCAUCAGUGCUCCAAAAAGGAAAUGAUAGGAAAUAGCUGAAAGUUACUAAAAGGUUUUUUUUUUUUUUUAUUGAUUAGAAAAAUAAGUUUCUAGGGUCUUUGAAUGCUGGAUUUUUUUUGUCUUACCCAUCCAUGGCAGCUAAAAAAAUUCACUCAAAAUAUUCAGGUUUACAUGUUAGCUCUCUCAUAGGGAGUUGCCAUACCUCACAAUUCAAAGUGUAUUCUAUAGAUCAGUAACAUUAUACUGACAUGUAAUUGCAAUUUACUAUGCAGCAAAAAUGAUUCAAGAAGAAAAACAACCUACAGUGUCUAUUUACCUUUGUAUAGGCAACUGCUUAAGUUACUCUGCUUUUAACAUUUGUACUUGGAUAAAAUGCUUAUGUAUGUAUAGGAAUGUCACAGUGCAAAUGCUGCUAGCUCAGGCACAAAGUAUUAAAAUUAUUUUGUGAA